GCAGUGCUUGAGAUGCAUACAAGAACUCGACCGCUGCACGGACUACUAAUUCACCUGAUGGCGACGGGGCGGAACAUGAGAGUUGAAGGAGGCGUAACAGAGGAAAGGUUCGAGAUGGAGUCAUGCUUUCGGCACUUCACUGCGAAUUACUAUCCAUCUCGGCCGGAGUUUGAGGAGCCGAUUCCGAUGCAACCUGAUACCAAUCAGCACGUAUUUUUCACAACAUUUAUGCAUAAUGGAGAGGCUGGAUUGGAGUUCUCCCGCGUCAUAUAUGGCGAGCGGAUCCCUCGGAAUAAGUGGUCCAGGAUCCGGCAGGCCCCUCCCCAUGCUGUUUUGGUUCACGCUGGUUAUCCCGUUGAGGUAUACAACAACGGAUAUUACAGGACUGUGAAGUUGAGAGCAUUUGUAAAUACGCAAGCUCAACCUAGCAUAACAGUUGGCCUAUCCAUCGGACCGGGGCUUAAUGCCAUGGUUCGGACAGCUCCUGAGGUGGAAGAAAGAUCCCAAAAGCCUUCUUGUUAUAGUCCAAUGAAAUACAUAGAGAUCAUGGAAAUAAUGGAGAACAAUCGGCUUCAUGGCAGGAUUUUCGACAAGGAACAGGUGAAUUAUAAAGCCCAGCAAGAGUAGUUUAAUUUAAUUCGUAGAUCAAAUCGUCAUGCAACCUGCAGCAGAUACUAAUCAGCAUGCAUGCAUGCAUGGGCUUUUCACAAAUAUUCAUGCAUGAUCGAUGGGGAGAAAACCCUAAAUAUAUAUGUUGUCUGAAUAAUUCAAGAGUCAGGUUUAAUGUUGCCUAGCUUACUCAGACAAUAGGUAGUCGGAAUGUGAACGUGUAUAAUAUGAUGAAUACUGAAAGAUGUGUGGCAAUUAUUCAGUGGUUUAAGCAGA